GAAGCCAGGCCCGGCCACAGGAAAGCUGACGGACGUGAACCGUUGGAAGGCGGCCACCAACAUCUCAAAGCUCACAUCGGCCGGCGGUGACAGAUGGACGGACGGCCCGUAGGAAGGAAGUCACAUGAUGCUCUGAGGACGCAGUCAAGAUACGGUCCCUUUGCCUUCUCUUCUUCACUUCUUGCGGGCCUUCCCCAAGGCCCGGUCUCUACUUCCUUCGCAGAUGGGCGAGAAACCUGUUUUUUGGUGACAGUCUUGCCCUCCCUCAGCCAGGCCUGGCCCCAUGCUUCUGUCGCUGCUGCUGCUGAUCCUGGCUCCCGGACGGCAGCCAGCAGGAGCACUUCCUAAGGCUUUACUUCUCCUGGAACCUCCGUGGUCCACCUUCUUCAAAGGAGAGACAGUGACUCUCAUCUGUAAGGAUCACCGUCUGGUAGCCUGGGAAUCCGUAUCUUGGUAUCACAAUGGGAAUCUCUUGAAAAGACAACCUGGAGAACUCGAAAUAAAAAAAUCUGGAUAUUACAGUUGCAAGACCCAAAGAUCUUCCCGUAGUGACCCCGUGUAUGUGGGGUUUUUAACUGACUGGCUGACCCUCCAGGCCUCACACCCUGUCUUUGAAGGAGAUCCGGUAGUUCUGAGAUGCCGAGGGAAAAAGGAGGAGGAUAUUAUGGAAAAAACUUACUACAGAAAUGGAGAAGAAAUUACAAGUGAUGGUCAUUAUAAAUCAAACAUCACAGUAUAUCCGCCCUUCGAUGAUGACUCGUAUCAUUGUACUGCUUCAAGGGAAUAUUUCUGGAGUGAGCGGACAGAAACUUCAAAACCUGUAAAGAUCCAAGUUCAAGAGCUGUUUCCGACUCCUGAGCUGACAGCCAGCCCCUCCCAGCCCAUCGAGGGGAGCCCUAUGACCCUGAAAUGUGAGACCUGGCUCCCUCCACAGACGUCACGCUUUAGGCUUCAGUUCUGUUUUUUCAAAGAACGUCAGGCCCUGGGGUUCGGCUGGAGCAACUCCCCAGAGCUCCAUAUCCCCACCGUGUGGAGUGAAGACUCUGCGUCCUACUGGUGCCAAGCAAGGGCAACGACUUCUAGGAUCAUGAAAACAAGCCCAGGGUUCCAGAUACAUGUCCAGAGGGUCUCUGUGUCUGGUGUGAGUCUGGAGACCGAGCCCCCUGUGGGCCAGCUGAUUGAAGGAGAAGAUCUGGUCCUGAUCUGCUCAGCAGCCGAGGGGACAGGGACCGUCACGUUCUCCUGGCACCGGGAAGGCUCGGUGAGGAGUUUGGGCAGGGUGACCCAGCGGGCCCUGUCUGCAGAGCUGCGGAUAGCCUCCGUGAGGGAGCAGGAUGCCGGGAGGUACUACUGUGCGGCCGACAACACGGACGGGCCCAUCCUCAGCAAACGGGUCAGAAUCACACUGAGAAUUCCAGCCUUGCCUCCAGUCCUCACCCUCAGGGCGCCCGGGGCCCAGGCCGUGGAGGGGGACGUGGUGGAGCUUCGCUGUGAGGCCCAGAGGGGCUCUCCCCCGAUUCUGUACCAGUUUUAUCACGAGAACAUCCCCCUGGGAAACAGCUUGGCCCCCUCUGGAGGAGGAGCGUCCUUCAACCUCUCUCUGACCGCAGAACAUUCUGGAAACUACUCCUGUGAGGCCGACAACAGCCUGGGAGUUCAGCGCAGCGAGGCGGUGCCGCUCAGCGUCAGAGUUCCAGUGUCUCAUCCUGUCUUCACCUUCAAGCCUGCUGUGGCCCAGGCGGUGGUGGGAGACGUGGUCGAGCUUCGCUGUGAGGCCCAGAGGGGUUCUCCCCCGAUCUUAUACUGGUUUUAUCAUGAGAAUGUCAUCCUGGGGAACACCUCAGCCCCCUUUGGAGGAGGAGCAUCUUUUAACCUCUCUCUGACCACAGAACAUUCUGGAAACUACUCCUGUGGGGCUGACAAUGGCCUGGGGGCCCAGCAUAGCGAGGCGGUGUCACUCAGCAUCACAGGGCGUUCCAUGAACAAAGUAACCCAGAUCACUGUGGGAGUCUUCGGGUGGCUGCUGAGCAUGCUUGGCCUCGCUGCUGCCGCUGCUCUGGUGGGUCACGUCAGGCCCCAAGGGAGACCAGAAGGAGUUGCUGCCGCUGGGGCACCCAGGGGCAACCCCAACGAGCAUCAGGAGCCUUCCUGGUCUGGACCCUCCCGCACAGGACCCCAGUGGCCCAUGCAUUCUGAGCCGGCAGCCCUAAUGGAGCUGCAGCCCGUGUACAGUAACGUGAUUCCUGGCGAUGACAGCCUGGUUUAUUCCCAGAUCCGGAGCGGCCAGCACACAGAAGUAUGUUCACCAAGGACACAUAAGGAGGCUGAGGAACCUGCAGUCAUAUACUCAGAGGUGAAGAUGGAACACCCAGAUGGCCCUGCAGGGAAGGACUGGAAGGAUGCUGCAGAAGGCUAUGAGAAUGUCCCAGGCAUAUCGCUGGCCUUGGACCACUAGCCCCAUACCUGGAGUGGCCCGCAGAUACCUUCUCUCUAUUCUCUGCAACCACUCACCUUCCUAUUGGCUGGCUAGGUGAAAGGUCCACCCACUCCUCCAUGCCUGAGUCUGGAUAUUGUAUGGGAACAGAACGGCAGCAUUUCAGGAUAUGCUACACAUUUUCACAGUAGAGAUACAUGUGAAGGCAAGGCAGGUGGGCCUUCACCUCCUGGACUCAUCAAGCAGAGAAGGAAGGAGGAAUGGUCUAGCCAGGAUCACAAGGGCACAAUCAUGGCUCUAAGCAUGAUCGUGCUGUAAGCAUGAUCGAGAGCACUCCGUGUGCCAUCUCUGCAUAAGUAAUUUGCUCUAAACACUGUUUCCUUUUUGAAAUAGACAGAUGGUGAUGGUGAUGAUGGUGAUGAUGGUGAUGGUGAUGGUGAUGAUGGUGAUG